UCUUUUAACACUGCCCUCAUCAGUUCCUCCUCUCUUCACCUCCUCUCCUCUUGGCGGUCUGUCGCCUCAGCACUGAGAGGCUGCUGAAGGACAUUUUGAUCUGAAAUAAUAAAACAGACAAAUAAAGAUCUGCACCUGUCUGGAGGCUGCGCGGGGACACGACGAACUUCUGCGGAUCUGGAGCGACACCUGAACCUGAUGAAAAUGAAACUGGAUGCGCUUCUAUCUGUGCUGCUGUGUGCCAUCUGUCUCCUCGUCCUGCCGUCGUCCUCUACCCCCGACCACGAGUCAGCUUGCCUCUCCUCAGAUGAUUCGAAGCUUCUCCAGGUGACCAUCCCCAGACCCUUGUUCGUGUCUGCUGUGUUGGGUGGCACCCUGGUAUUACCAUGCCUGGUGUCUCUGGCACACCCGCCGCCGUCCCCCUCCACCAACGGUCGCCACGCUGUGCUAUCCCUCCCCCGGGUCAAGUGGAGCGUCCUGACUCAUGGCCGAGAAACAGAGAUCCUGGUGGCCCGCGGCGACAGGGUGAGAGUCAGCGAGGCUUACAAAGACAGAGCCUCGCUGCUAAACUAUGCCUACUCCCCCGCCGACCUCACGCUGCGGCUGGAGAGUCUGAGGCAGAACGACACCGGCUUCUACCGCUGCGAGGUGCAGCAGGGACUGGAGGACGCUGACGAUUUGGCUCAGGUCAAGGUCAAAGGUGUGGUGUUCCAUUACCGUGAUGCAUCCAGCCGGUACGCCUUUACCUUUGAGCGGGCCAGAGAGGCCUGCGAGGAGAUCGGGGCUGAAAUUGCCACUCCAGAGCAGCUACUGGCCGCUUACCAGAGUGGAUACGAGCAGUGUGAUGCAGGCUGGCUCUCAGACCACUCCGUGAGAUAUCCCAUUCAGAUGCCGAGAGAAGGCUGUUUUGGGGACAUGGAUGGAAUGCCAGGAGUGAGGAACUAUGGCCUGUUAGAGCCUGAUGAGCUGUAUGACGUCUACUGCUACGUGGAGAAUAUUGAAGGUGAAGUGUUCCACGGCUCCACCCCCCAGCGUUUCACCUUCUGGGAGGCCAAGGCCUACUGUCUGAGUCACGGGGCCGAGCUGACCACCACAGCUCAACUAUACGCAGCCUGGAACGAUGGACUGAAUCACUGCAGCCCAGGGUGGCUGGCAGACGGGAGUGUGCGCUACCCCAUCGUCACCCCUAGAGAGCGCUGUGGAGGUGGUGAACCCGGGGUCAAAACUGUCUACCGCUACAGCAACCAGACGGGCUUCCCAGAGGUUCACACCCUACAUGAUGUCUACUGCUUCAGAAGCUACAAUGGCCCGCACACAGAAUCCCCUCAGGAUUCUCUCACCACUGAGCCAGAGGAUAUUGGCCAGGACAUUGUUUUCCUAACUAAUCCUGCAGAGGAGGAGGUCAGCCUGAGUGAUGUAACGACAAAGGGGGGCGAAGAGGUCCUACAUGCCCAGACAGCUAAUCCUGUAGAGCAGGGCCCUGUGGAGGCUCAGUCCACAACAUCAGGUUAUGACAAGGAACAACUGCUGACGGCGCACAUUCAUCAAUCUGUCACCCCUUCAUCCGAGCAUCCAGAGCACUCGACCCCAGAGGACACCUUGGAGCUAAUAGAAAAGGACAGUUACCCAGAGUCCUAUCAGCCAGCUCCUGAAGAAAACCAAGACAAAGAUCAUGAAGACCCAGACAAAGAUCAUGAAGACAAAGACACAGAUCAUAAAGACCCAGACACGGAUCAUGAAGACAAAGACACAGAUCAUGAAGACCCAGACACAGAUCAUGAAGACAAAGACACAGAUCAUGAAGACCCAAAAACGGUUCAUGAAAACCCAGAGACAGAUCAUAAAGACAAAGACAUAGAUCAUGAAGACCCAGACAUAGAUCAUGAAGACAAAGACACAGAUCAUGAAGACCCAGACAAAGAUCAUGAAGACAAAGACACAGAUCAUGAAGACCCAAAAACAGUUCAUGAAGACCCAGACACAGAUCAUGAAGACCCAGACAAAGAUCAUGAAGACCCAGACACAGAUCAUAAAGAUCCAGACACGGAUCAUGAAAACCCAGACAAAGAUCAUGAAGCCAAAGAAACAGAUCAUGAAGACCCAGACACAGAUCAUAAAGACCCAGACACAGACCAUGAAGACCCAGACACAGAUCAUGAAGAGUCUCACAUACUUCCAACAACUUCUCCAAAGGCUGCUGGUGUUGGUGUUGGUGACGACUCCACUUCACCCACACCCGAUGUGACAACUUCAGAGAGUGGAAAGACCUCAGAGCAUCAUAUUCCUGUGACUGAAAGCCUGGAUAUGCCAGGUCUUAACGCUUCUGGAACUGAUGCAAAUGAGCUCCUUAGCAGCUCUCCAGAGGUUCCUCAGAGGAGCGACCUUCCUGUUUUACAAGAGGACCACACUACAGACGCACACCACGCAGAACACACCUCGGAAACUGAGCUCGUCUACUCGAAUACCACGCAUGACGUCACAGCACUGCCGGAAGACGCCAGCGCUAGUUCUGUUGAGGACAUGUCAGCACUGACUGCUUCACCCCACAGCGAGGAAACAGAUGUUUACUUCACCGCCACGUCGCCAUCUUUUGACACCAGUACACCUGAGAUCCAUCCAACAGAAGAGGAAUCCGGAGAGGAGAGUGCGAGUCCUCCCCUAGAUGAGGAAACACAAAACUCAGUGACUCAAAGUUUGGUUGGCAUGGACGCCUCUGCCACCUCUGGACUGGUUCCUACGUCUGAUUCAGAGACUCUUGAUGGACGGAUCGGCUUUAGUGUAAUAACUCGUGCAACCCACCUGGAAGGUUCUGAUCCUAUUCAAGAGCACCUUGGUGUAGCUGAGACGUCCAUCCCAAUCGGUCAUGUUGAUGAGGAAUCCAAUAGCACUUCAGAGGAGGCAGAACCAGAUGAUCCGACUGAACAGAGCGGACAUAUUCAUCCUGCAGAAACUCCAACAGCAGAGGUCACCACAGUCACAGAUGACUCAGGCUCCAGUGUAGCUGUCACUAUCUUAAACAGUGAUCCAGUUACUUUGUUGACAUCGCUUGCAUCCGUAACUCUGUCUCCCCCCUCUGUGGAGGUCGAAGCUAGCUCCCCAGAGAUUAUAACCUUCAUACCUGAAAGCAAUGCUUCAUCUGGGGCAGAAUCCCUGGAGGACUACCAGGACAAACUUGAACAGGAAGGAUUAGGAGAAAAUCCCGAAGUGUUCCUCAGCACAACCCAAAAUAUCACAGACAGUGGUCCGGAGGGGAAGGAACAAGAAGCCAGAGAGGGAUCAGGUGAAUCGUCCGGAGAGAGCCCAGAGGUGAAAUCAGGCCUGCUGUUGACAAAUCCAACUCUCUCAACCGACCACACUUCUGAGGAAACCGAUGACGGUGGCACUGAUAUACCAACUGCUUCAGAUGUAAAAAUCACACUGGUCCCUCAUCUGACCCACACACCCAGCUGGGAACCAGAACCUUCUUCCUCCACACUGCAGGAGUCUCGCUCCGAUCGGGAAUACAGCGUCGAGGUUCCCGUCACAGAGGAAGUGACUGAUGAAGUCUCUAAGGAGCACGAGGUCGUGGCCGAGGCUGGGAUCACCACCAGGAGCAUCCCUGAACAUGGAUCAGAGGGAGUUGAGGAGGAGACCAGCACAGAUGAGCCUUCAUUUAAAAUGUGCACAUGGCGUCCGGAUAACGAGGAAACCACUGGUCCAACACUCCACGCAGACAGCAGCGACGUGACGCUCACCGCUUCCUCCGCGUUCACAGAGUAUUUUCAAAAAGAUGGCGAGACCGCCAUGGCUGCCUCCCUGCCUGCUGCCAAAGAGUCCGAUGCGAGACAAGAAGCCACUUCAGCUGCAGACUCCUGCCUGGAGAACCCUUGUUUGAAUGGAGGCACUUGUGUCGAAGGCGAAUCAACAGGGUGUGUUUGCUUGCCCGGUUAUGGAGGAGACAUGUGCCAAACAGACCUGGAUGCGUGUGAGCCCGGCUGGGAGAAGUUUCAGGGAUUUUGUUAUCGUCACUUCUCCAAGAGGCAGAGCUGGGAGGCGGCCGAGCAGCACUGUCGCAUGUGUGGCGGACAUCUCAUUUCAGUCAUGACCCCCGAGGAGCAGGACCACAUCAAUGACAAGUACAAAGAAUAUCAGUGGAUUGGACUAAAUGACAAAACCAUCGAGGGAGACUUCCGCUGGUCGGACGGGAACCCUCUGCUCUAUGAGAACUGGUACAGAGGCCAGCCUGACAGCUACUUCCUGUCCGGUGAGGACUGUGCGGUGAUGGUGUGGCAUGACGGUGGCCGCUGGAGCGAUGUGCCGUGCAACUACCAUCUGUCCUACACCUGCAAAAAGGGAGUCUCAUCCUGUGGCGAGCCCCCCAAGAUUCCCCACGCUAAGGUGUUUGGGAAGAAGCGGUUGCGCUAUGAGACCAACACCAAGGUGCGGUACUACUGCGAGGACGGUUUCGCGCAGAAACUGAAUCCUGUAAUCAAGUGUCUGCCCGGCGGCCAAUGGGAAGAGCCUCUGAUAAUCUGCCUGCCAACCCAUUCGAUGGAAGAAGACUCAGUUACCUCGCUUCCUUACCAGCACGAAGCGGUCAUGAAGGUCAUGGAGGUCAUGGAUAUCAUGGAGGUCACGGAGGUCAUGGACACAGCCACAGAGAAAGCAGCUCCUUUGUUCUGGGACAUUAAGUGGAGCGUCUAAAGCCAUCCUGCCUUUUUUUUAAAUAUAUCACACCUUCUUCCCAUUUCUCUUUUCUUGUGUCUCAGACUUUUUCUUCUUGCAUUCCUGCAACUUAAACUGUAUAAAUCUAAUCCAUCCAAACACCUGUUUUUCUUUUUUAGUAACCGCUUAUUCUUAUCAGGGUCAUGGGGACAAAUCUAAUCUUUCAUAUUAAAGUCAUCUCAAAGCCACACAAGCUUUAGGUGAAUUUGGUCAAUGAGCCAGUUGAAACAAACAAAUGAGUUGAAUUCUUCCUAAACUAGAUAUCUCUGGAAAAAAACCUUCCCAAAAUGACAUCAUGAGAUAAGAGAGGAUUUUCCACACUGCUCCAAAACAACUCUUUAACUCAACGUCCGUCUCCCUUUUUGGACUGUUUGUCCAUUCUUGUUUUCAGCAACAAGUCCUCUCUUAUCUUUUGACUUUGACACAGUAGGUCAUCUUUUAUUUCUUUGCAGAGACGCGUUCAUAAACAUCAACAUCAGAAUAUGCCUAAAACACAAAAACACAAGAUAAUGUGUGUUUUAUCAGUCUGCAUUCCUUUGAAUAAACCAAAUGAAAUAUUGGCUUCAAUGUAAACAUAAAGUAGGAUACUGUCCCAAGAGUUAAAUAUAAAACAGAAAAUAUUUAAAAACAUAUGAUUCAUUACAGGAUACUUACUUUACUUACUCAAAAACAGUAAUCAGUGGUUAGCUUCACUCUCGUAAUCAGCAGCUAGUUUGUAACUAAACUGUUUCAUUCAUGAACGUGACUGUUGGAGCCGUGCAUGCUGUAUUUGAACAUAUCUGAAACAAACAGCUGCUCGUGCAGUUUAGCAAAGUAUGAAUGAAUCCUCAGCAUCAGCUGGUCUGACGUUCACUAAAGCCUGUUCUACUUCAAAUCUGGAACAUUUUUUACUCUUGUAAGAUCAUUGUUAGGAGCUGCCCCCUGUCUGAUACACUUCAUUUCCCAGACUGCACUCUUGAAAAAGACCCGUUCAUUUGACACCACUCUGCGGCGUUGAUGGAGGGCGUUUAAAUAAAAGAUGGGGCUGCAGAGUUGAUCUAAACAUGGAGUUCUACUGAGAGUCUGUUGUAGUUCUGCUGUCGUCUGAUUUUUACUUAGUUGCAUUAACUAGGCCUCCCCAGUGAACAUCCCAGUUUCUCUCGGCUACCAGUCCCACUGUGUUUUAUGUCGACAAAAGGGAGUAAACUCAAAUAAAACCUGUGUGCUAAAUGUUUCCAGAUAUGCUAAAAACUCUUUUUAUUCUUGGAGAGAAAGUAGACCUCACCUCCUCACCUUCAAUUCUUUAAUACGAUUUUAGAUAAAGAGAAAGUAAACCACGAGGGUGUCCCAUCACCGGAUCACCACCCACAACACAAGGCUGACCCACUUGAGUAUCUCUGUGCACACAUGACAUCUUUUUUUAAGAGUGCGGAUCACUGACUCUGCUCGUCCUCUGGUGCUUUUUAUUCAGGUGUCUCUAAGACUUUGUUGUAUAGUUUGCUCAUAUGAACUGUACUGUAUUGUGUAUUAGCACACAGUAUAAUCAAUCAUCUCCUAAUCAGAGAGCUUAAUUUUGAAUAACGAAUCUAGGUGACUCUGUAGCGGCAGUGAGGUGACAGCUGUGCUUCGGGGAUCAAUGAGGACAAAUUUUCGAUGAUGCAACGACGUCUCAUGUAUUGUAUCUUUUCUAGUUUUUAAAGAAGUGCGAUGACAGUAACAACGCAGGUGAUGUUAACUGCUGAUCUAAUGAACGUAUGCUAAUAAAUGUACAAGUAGAAAUAAGAUAGUAAAAAUGGAUCCAAUGAAAAAUAAGAAAUAAAACGUAAUGGUUUUUUUUUUAACAUAGUCUGAAUUUUUACUGUUGUUACAGCUUGUCUGUUGAUUUAACUGUAUGACAAAUGACAUUAAAGAUGUUUGUAAAAAUC